AUGAGCAGCAACGGCAGCAUGGAGGGUCAGCUCCUCUGGCAAGGGCCACUGUGCAUUGCCUGGAGGCAGGACCUGGAAGGGGCUGUCUUCCACCUGGCCAACUGCUUCCUGCUUCUGGGCUUCAUGGGUGGCAGCGGGGUGUACGGGUGCUUCUACCUGUUUGGCUUCCUGGGCACAGGCUACCUGUGCUGUGUGCUAUGGGGCUGGUUCGGUGCCUGCGGCCUGGACGUUGUUCUCUGGAGCGUCCUGCUGGCAACGGCCUGCGUGCUCCAGCUGGCACACCUGGUGUACCGCCUGCGUGAGGACACCCUCCCCGAGGAGCUGGAGCUGCUCUACAAGACGCUGUGCCUGCCCCUGCAGGUGCCCCUGCCAGCGUACAAGGAGAUCGUGCACUGCUGCGAGGAGCAGGUCUUGACUCUGGCCACGGAGCAGACCUAUGCCGUGGAGGGCGAGACGCCCAUUGACCGCCUGUCCCUGCUGCUCUCUGGCCGGGUUCGUGUGAGCCAGGACGGGCAGUUUCUGCACUACAUCUUUCCUUACCAGUUCAUGGACUCUCCCGAGUGGGAAUCGCUGCGUCCCUCUGAGGAGGGGGUGUUCCAGGUCACUCUGACAGCUGAGACUGAAUGUAGCUACAUUUCCUGGCCCCGGAAAAAUCUCCACCUCCUUUUGACCAAAGAGCGAUACAUCUCUCGCCUCUUCUCGGUCCUGCUGGGCUAUGACAUCUCAGAGAAGCUCUACGCUCUCAAUGACAAGCUCUUUGCUAAGUUCGGGCUACGCUUUGACAUCCGUCUCCCCAGCCUCUACCACGUCCUGGGUCCUGCUGCCCCAGAUGCAGGACCAGAGUCUGAGAAGGAUGACGAGGAAGUCCGUGGGCCAGCCGCAUGCCCUCCUCAGGCCCUGCACACGUCUGUCCAGCAAACACCCCCUAGCUCCCCACCUCCACUGGUCACCAACUCUCCUGCACCUCCUCCCUGGGUCAGAAUGUCCAGGCCCGACAGCGGCGUCCUGGCUUCCAGAACUCCUCUCCGGAGCUACUCUGAAGUUAUGUCCAGGGGACAGGCCCCCUUGGCUCCAACCCAGACUCCUGAACUGUAA